AUGUCAAGAAAUGCCCUGAUCAACAGAGGAGUGAACCUUGACCCUUUGGGCAAAUGGUCUAAAGUGGGUUUGGUCAUCUACGACUCCUCAGUACCCGUCGGUGCGACCCCGGAGUAUCUGUCCGGUCAGUACAUGCUGCAAGGAGCCUCCAGCUUCCUGCCUGUCAUGGCGCUCUCUCCUCAGGAGGGGGAGUUAGUGCUGGACAUGAGCUCAGCCCCAGGAGGGAAGACCACUUAUAUCGCUCAGCUGAUGAGAAACACGGGGACGAUCGUGGCGAAUGACGCCAACGCUGACAGACUGAAGAGUGUGGUGGGGAACAUCCACCGUCUGGGCGUCACCAACACGGUGGUCUGCAACUACGAUGGGAGGCAGUUCCCAAAGGUGAUGGGUGGAUUUGACCGAGUGCUGCUCGAUGCUCCGUGCUCAGGCACCGGAGUCAUCGCUAAAGAUCCGGCUGUGAAGACCAGCAAGGAUGAAGGUGACAUCCAGCGCUCUGCCCACCUACAGAAGGAACUGCUUCUGUCCGCCAUCGACUCCGUCAACGCUGAGUCCUCUACGGGAGGAUAUGUAAUCUACUGCACUUGCUCCAUUAUGGUGGAGGAGAAUGAAUGGGUGGUGGACUACGCUUUAAAGAAAAGGAAUGUCAAAUUAGUUCCCUGCGGACUUGACUUUGGCAAGGAAGGCUUCACCAGGUUUAAGGAACGUAGAUUCCAUCCAACUCUGAAACUGUCUCGCCGAUUUUACCCUCAUACCCACAACAUGGAUGGGUUUUUUGUGGCAAAGUUUAAGAAAUUCUCCAACGUAGUUCCAACUACACCAGUAGUAAAAGAAGAAGAGGAAAAUGGAGAGGCUCCUGAGGCGACAGUGGUUACAGAAUCCCCUGAAAAGAAAUCCGCCAAAAGUGACAAGAAAAAGAAGGUCGUCCCCGGAAAGGCAGUCGGCUUGAAGGGAAAACCCCUAACCAACGGGACAGCGGCCAAGAAAAAGACGAUCGUCCCCGGAAAGGCAGGCGGCUUGAAGGGAAAACCCCAAACCAACGGGACAGCAGCCAAGGCAAGGCAGGCAAUCGCCAAGCCAAAAGGCAAAAAGGACUCACCUGCGGGACCAGCAAAGGCAAAGAAAGCCAAGAUGGAUGGAGAGACUGUGAAAGGGGCCAUGGCCAAGAAACCUGCAGCGAAAACAGCUGAUGAAUCGAAAGCAUCAAAGGCUGACAAACAGAAGAAAUCACCCAUGAAGGAGAAGAAAAGGAUGGGAAAGAAUAAAUUCAGAAAGCUACAGAGCCUGUUGAAAAAUGAAAUAGAGUGAUGCUGUGUACAGCGGGAUGAAUUGAACUAGAUUAUGUAGGAGCUUUCUAGAGCUACCUAACGGACCCAGAUUUCUUCAGACAAACUGUGUUUUAUUACAGUGUGUUGAUACUGUAUGUGUCAGUCUGAUAUUAUUUGUAAUACCUAUGUACAAAUGGAUUAAUUAGACUAGUUGGCGUAAAUUGGGUCCUCCCUUUUUAUUGUGUUCAAGGAUAUUAUGUUUGUCUGUUGAUUUAAUUGCAGGGUGGGAUUACUUCCAUAAAUCUGCGAAACAUAAUAAAUCUUUUAAGAUAU